AUGGCGUUCAAGUUAGAUUCGAUGGAGUCUUACACGGUCGAAGAGAUGACAAUGACGAGUAAUAUUGCGGUUCAAUCUCAAGGAACCAUGGCAGAUAGCAAGUCUAUAAAGAAGAAGAUCGCAAGUGUUGAAAGGCAUGAUUUUGAAGCUGACAACGAUGGCGUAAAGAAAUCUAAGAAGAUAAAGAAGCACAAGAGAGUAUCUGGUGGUGAUGAGAUAAUGAACACCGAAAGCAACAAAGCUAAUGAAGGAAGUCGAAGUCAUGAGAAAGCACUCGCAUACAGUGACGAUGAUGGUGCUGAGAGAGAUACGAAAAAAAGAAAGCGUGUUGAUGAUUACGAUGUGGGAAUGACAGUACAAAAAUCCAAGAAUAAGCAAAAGGGUAGUAAGAGUGAUGAAGCUGUCACCACCCCAUCAAGAAGCAUCGCAAGAAAAAACAUAAACUUUUCUGACCAAGUUGAAGAUUUUUACGCUGAGGCUAAACAAAGUAAUGAAGAAGACGAAGAUGAACAAGUUGACGUGGUGAGGGGUAAGUGGUUUACAAAGGAAGAAGACAAAUUGAUCAAGAGAUCUGUAAUAGAAUGGAUCAAAAUGGUUAUAGCAAUUGCUUUGCCUUGGAGGCCAUAUUCUCGUUUGUACUAUUGUACACGUACUUUACUGGAAGAAGUAUCAAAGGGUGUAUGGAGUAAAGAUGAUUUGGAACUCGUUGUAGAGUAUCAAAAUAAACAUGGCAACGAUUGGAGAACUCUUACGGAUACGAUGAGUAAACACAUGAACCAUGUGAAAGACGCUUGGAGGAGGAUAAGAUUGGCGUCCAAGAAGAAGGGUCAUUGGAUGAUGGAGGAGUACCAAAACAUGGUUGGUCUUGUUAACAAGGACCCGAGAAUGAAAGCGUUCAAAGAGAAGCACUCAAAACAUGGGAUGCUCCGAGAUAACAUCGUUUGGAUGGCGAUAAGUGACCCGCUUGAAACAAGGGACCAUGCCGUCAGCUACACUAAAUGGUAUGAUCAGUUUGCGGAGAUUUUGAGAUGCGAAGAAAGUGAUCUUUUGAUAGUCAAAGAAGACAAUGAGGUGGAGAAGAUUGCUGAUGAAUAUUUCAGUAAAGAAUCUGAGCUUGGUGAAGAUGACAAGCUCUUGAGAGACUACUUGCUGAAACAGAUGUGGAAGGAGAAAAAUGGUAAGCGCAAAACUCAAGUGGUUAAUAAAGCUGAGAUUGAAGAGUUAAAGCAUAAGCUUAGGGAAAGAGACAAGGAGCUUGCUGCUAUGCAGUUGUCCUUUCAUCGUAAAGAACGAGAGCUAGAUCGAGUGCAUGUUGAGUUUUCAGUCAAAAAGCAGAAAGUUUCUGUGGCCGCUUCUGAAUUUGAAAACAAAACACAGCUCUUGAGCCAAGCUAACAAGAAUGUCAAGAUACAAGAAGAUGAGAUACAUGCACUUCAGAAAGCACUCAAGGAGAAGGAAGAAGAGCUAGAUAUUUUUAUAGGGGCGAAAAGAUUAGAGCAGGAAAAGCUCAGAGAAACAGAAGCCAACUUGAAUAAACAGACUGACGAGUGGUUGAUAGCUGAAGAAUUCAUGAAUAUAAUGGUGGAGCAUUCAGAGUGGCUCAGCAAGAUACAGAGUGGAAGAGAUGGUAUCUUGUUGGGUAUCAAGACACAGAAAAUAGAUAUUGGGUAUUGCAUUGAGCAAAAGAAGAAUUUGGAAGAGGAGCGUAUACAGUCCCUAAUUCAAAGAGAAAAACUAGAGAGGCAAAGGCAUAUGCUUCAAUUUGAAAGAGAAGGUAUCCGACAUGAGAUUGAAAAACUUAAGGAGUUAUAG